GGAGUCGGGUCCGUGAUGGCGCCGCGCCGCCGCCAGCCUGCCACAGCUACAGCCAGUCUCGAGCGAGUAGUGCGAAGGAGAGGAUAGCGCCACCUCCAUGGUGUGUUCUGCAGUUCAUUUAUCAAAAUCGCGAAAAAUAGUCAGCUGUGGAAGAUAGUAGUUUGAACCUUCAUGGCAUUCUGCCGUGUGUGCAAGAAAUAGCAUGAGUGGCAAGUGAUAGCUGUUGAGUCCAGUAAGCAAAAUUGGCGGGCAGAAUCAGCGUCGUCGUCUGCAUGUUUACAUAGCAGCGAGCGGUCGUGCCAAGUGUGUCUCAAGAAUAUUUUCGUGUGAUACCCUGAUACCCACCUAUUGGUGCAUUUCUCGGGUGAAAGAGGAAGUGAGGCUGUUUCAAGAUGGGCAACAUACACACCGUGGGGCCUAAUGAGGCGUUGGUGGUGUCUGGUGGUUGCUGCGGCGCCACUUCGAAGAAAACGAUCGUGGGUGGCUGGGCGUGGGCGUGGUGGUUUGUCACAGACGUCCAGAGGCUGUCCCUAGAGGUGAUCACACUGAAUCCUCGGUGUGAGAAUGUGGAGACCUCCUUGGGCGUGCAGGUGACAGUCACAGGUGUGGCACAAGUCAAGGUGAUGAAGGAGGAAAAGGUUCUCAAGAUUGCCUCUGAGCAGUUCCUGGGUAUGACCCCUGAGGACAUCAGGGGCACCAUCCUCAUGACACUUGAGGGUCAUCUCAGGGCCAUCCUGGCUACCUUGACUGUUGAGGAGGUAUACCAGGACCGUGACCAGUUUGCCCAGCUGGUGAGGGAGGUAGCAGGCAUGGAUGUAGGCAGGAUGGGCAUUGAGAUUUUGUCCUUUACUAUCAAGGAUGUGUAUGAUCGUGUGGAUUACCUUUCAUCCCUCGGUAAGUCCCAGACUGCAGCUGUGAAGAGGGAUGCUGACAUUGGUGUGGCUCAAGCUAACAGGGAUGCUGGUAUUAGGGAGGCAGAGAAUGAAAAGACGGCAAUGGAUGUCAAGUAUACGACAGACACUAAAAUUGAAGACAAUGCCAGAUUGUAUAAGCUGCAGAAGGCCCAGUUUGAUCGUGAAAUCAACACAGCUAAAGCAGAAGCUCAGCUGGCCUAUGAGUUGCAGGCAGCCAAGACCCGGCAGAAAAUCAGGAAUGAGGAGAUUGCUAUUGAGGUGGUGGAGCGAAGAAAGCAGAUUGAGGUGGAGGAACAAGAAAUUAAGCGUAAGGAGAAGGAACUUGUUGCCACAGUGCGCCUCCCUGCUGAGGCUGAGAGUUACCGGGUAGAAACAAUUGCCCAGGGCAAGCGCACACAAACAGUGGAAGCAGCACGAGCAGAUGCAGAGAGGAUCAAGAGGAUUGGAGAAGCAGAAGCUUACAGUGUAGAGGCUGUAGGCAAGGCAGAAGCAGAGAGCAUGAAGUUGAAGGCACAGGCUUACAAGCAGUAUGGUGAGGCAGCCAUCAUGUCUAUGGUGCUGGACAGCUUGCCUCAGAUUGCUGCGGAAGUGGCUGCUCCACUGGCCAAGACUGAAGAGAUUGUGAUGGUAGGUGGUGGAGAUACAAUGAGCAAUGCCAUCACCAAGAUGUGUGGGGAGCUGCCACCUGCUGUCCAUGCCCUCACAGGGGUUGAUCUCACCAAGGUGCUAGGGAAGGUGCCAGGGGCCACAGUCACUCAGCCCACCUCUGCCCCCCGAGUGGCAACACGUUAAAUACGGUGCUAGGGAAGGUGCCAGGGGCCACAGUCACACAGCCCACCCCUGCUCCUCGAGUGGCUCCAACAUCUGUCUAAGACUUGGCACACCUUCAACACAGUUACUGUUUAGAUAUGUAAGGUAGAACCAUAAGGUGUUGUAAGAGUAACUCAUUUUUACAAAUGACAAAAAUGUUCACUCCAUUUUCACUUUCCUUUUGCAUCACAAAAUAUUAUCAGCAAAAAAGUAAUCAUUAAGCAGCCUUCAUGUUGAAGCUACAUUUAAGGUAUCUGUGUGCACUUUUCAGUAGGAUAUGUAUUAAUCAAUUGUCAAGUUUAUAAUAUUCAUACAAAAAUAGAAUCUCACUGUGAAGACAUCAAGAUUGCCUGAGUAUUUUUAUAAGAACUUAAGAUAUGUAUGCAGAUCAUAUAAUAGCUAUAAUAAUAAUUUCCUAGGAAAGUUUAGUCUUUAGUAGGCUGUUUUAACCUCUUUGGACUCAAAGCAUUGUACCAGUUGUGUCUGGUCUGAGGUAGUUCAGUAAAACAGGACACCUUUCAUACACAGCUAAUAAUUGUUAUGAAAAGUUUAUAUAAAUAGGAUGUAACUAAAAAUGUUCUCAGUGUUUUUAAUUUGUUUUCAUAGAUUUUACUUUCAUAUCUAGCCUUGAGUAUUUAUAUGCAUAAUUUAUUUAUUAUAUUUUGCACAUUGUCUCAUUGACCAGAGCUGACUGUGAUAGUGCCCAGGUAAACACAACACUGGCAACAUGACACAGGUGAACACAGCAUGGAUGAUACACUCCAGCCAAACACUAAACAAAGAUACAGGAUCUCUAUAAAUCCAGAGAUUUGCAAAAGACCUCACACAUUCCUGUGACAGGUUCACAAUAGCUGAUGGCAGUUGUAGUGGUGGAUCACACUGUGGUCACUGAAGAGCAUCCAGUUCUUGGCUGCCCCUCAUCACUUUAGGCUGUGAUGCCUAGCAAAAUAAUUUCAUGCAGUGGGAUUUUGGUUGCAUUGUUUUGAUAAAUAAAAACCUUAGAACACUAACCACUGUUUUGUGUUACAUGAACACUAAUUAAAUUUUUAAUAUAUAUAUAUAUAUAUAUAUAUAUAUAUAUAUAUAUAUAUAUAUAUAACACACACACACACACACACACCAUCACUGAACCAUCAAUCACUAAUCUGGUUCCAUCACUAACUUAGCACCAAUUUUGGCAAGUAUAAUUUCUAAUUUCUUUGAUCCCCACACCAACCUGCCACUGCUGUGGUUCUACUUGCUGCAUAAAUACUGUUGGCAUUACUUGCAUAAGAAUAUAAGAAAAUUAAGAACGCCACAAGAAGCCAUGAGGCCUACGUGUGGCCGUCCCUGUAUGAGACAUGCCUACCUAAUUCCAUCUGUCGUCCUCCUUCAAAAAUUUGUUCAAUCUUUUAAAGUUAGCAGACACAGGAAAGUCAUUACAAUUUGUUAUGCUCCAUUUAUAAUUAUAAUAUACUCAUGUUUAUCCCCAGCUGUGAUUCUAGUGAAUGAAAGAAGUGCAUUUCAUGUAAAGAGCAAACAUCAUAUAUGACCCAUAAGAGAUGAAGUCAAACUUAUGAAAAAAAUCACUUGGUUUUUAUUUGAUAUUACUAUUUUCUUUAUUAAUGAAUUUGCACUGGAUAUUUUAAAAGAUAGGAUAAGGUGGCCAGUUUUCAGCUAAGUGUAUUUUAACAUGACUCGUCUGUAAUUCAGCAAAAUCACUAAUCUGGCAUCUUCAUGCCCCAGUAGUGCCAGAUUAGUGUUGGUAUACUUGUUUGUGUGUGUGUGUGUAUAUAUAUAUAUAUAUAUAUAUAUAUAUAUAUAUAUAUAUAUAUAUAUAUAUAUAUAUAUAUAUAUAUAUAUAUAUGCACAUCUACAUAUAAAAUUCUGGCAAUCACUGCCAAAUACCUACAAUAUAUUCUCAGGUUAUCUGCAUCUCUUUUGAAAGAGAUAGCGUUACUCCUCAGUGUUUCAAACCUGAAAUGGCUGUUUGGCUACAACUGGUAACAUCAUAAUUAAUGAAUCUGAUGAGGAGUCUGUGGAACAAGCCAUGGACUGAAACAAUGCAGCACUUAAUUCCUACCUGUAGCAGAAUGUUUUGGGUAACUGAAGCUAUACACAUCCUUUUCCAUACUUCAUAAGGGGGCACAAAGAAAAGACAGUUUCAGAAUUUGUGUUGGUUUCUCAGAUCUGGGGGUUAGUGAUCUAAGGUUAAAAAAUUAAUGUCAGAAAGACAUAGUAGAAGACUGAGUUGAUCAAAUAUUAGAGCAUAAAUUACUGUAGGAAAUUAAGCCAGGAACAAAAGAAAAUUUCUUUUGAAUUUAAUAGACAUAAGUCUUCAACAGGAAUGGAUUGCAAACACAAUGCAGUGCAAAUUUUGAAAGAAUAAUAACCUCAAUGCAUCACUCUAUGCCAUGAAGAUCUAGUAGUUGCUGCUACCACAGCACAGCUGAAACUCACACAGCUGUAUAUGUCAGUGGCUCAACUCUUUUUCCUCACCAAAUCCUAUCCUUUGUGAGUGGCUAUCAGUGGCAACUCUCAAACAAGACAAUUUAGAUUUAAUAUUAUGUUAGUCUUAAUUUCUCUUUAAUUCUUAUGAGAGAGAUUGAGCAGCCCACACUAUUUUACUGUAGUGGCAAUUGGGUCUGGCUGGUGGCUGUGUCAACAUUCUCUGUGUGGGCAGCAGAGUGAGGCAUAAUUUAUUGUGCAAAAAAUAUAGUGAAACCUUGCUAAAGCUGAUAAUAUUCAAGAAUAUUCAUAAAAUUCACUCAUACCAAAUAGCAGACAUAGUGUGCAUAGUGUGUGGGCAGAAAUUAUUGUCAGUCAUCCAUUGUUUCAAUGAAGGUGAAUAGUUGCCUGUUGUAAUAACAUUUCAGCUCCAGUUGGUCACCAUAUCUAAAAUCUUUCUACACUCUCAGUACUAAAGACAUGUUUUGCUGUAACAGUUUGACUGGUUGCAACCAGUCACAAUCAGCUGUGUCAUGUGUUAAAGAAAUUAAGAUAUAUCAGUAGGUCAUUCUCUCUUCCUGACAUUACUCAUAUGGUUGGCAGUGCUAUUUGUAACAUGAUCGAUAAUCAUAACAUUUGAGUGUACUAUUUACCAAUUUUUGCUUCUUGAUAUGUUUACAGUUUUUAAUUUGUAUUUCAGUUUCUCAUGCAUUAUUGUUUACAACCAGUAAUUGCAAACUUUAUAUUACUAUCUCUGGACUAGGCAGUCAUUGUGAGUACAUAAAAGUUACUCUCUCUAUAUGACAUGUACCAGUGACUCAGAGACUCCAAGAGGGAGAGGACAUCACAUCCAUCCUUAUGUGGUACACCCUUGGGAGUGUUAGAAGCAGCUAAAUGAAUCAUAAAAUUAUUAACUGCAGCAAGCUAACUUAUUAGACACUGAAAUGCUAUAUAUUAUAGGAAACAGCUGCUUUAUGUUAUGAGAGAUAGAGAGAGAGAGAGAGAGAGAGAGAGAGAAUGGUGGUGGGCUGGAGGAUGAAUGGGAGGGAGGGAGGCAUACAAGUAGUGUGAAAAGGUGAGGGGCAGGGAGGUACCUGACAACAGGAUGAACACUUUUAUGUAAAAUCUCAUAUUUCCUUUGCCAUAGCAUGUAGAGACUCACAAAUUGUUUUAUUAUGAAGUGGAAGGUUUUUUGAGUAUAAUGAGGAAAAUUUGUACAAAAAUCUGUGCAUGUUUACAGGUAUUAUAGGAUCUUUUAAUGGUGCAACAAAUAAUUAGAAGUUGGUGUGAAUGUCUUGGUCAGCCACCAAGUGAUGACAUCCAAGACUGCAGUAUGAGAAAGUGUUGCGUUAUCCCAUGGAAAGGUAUGAGGCUUGCUGAUAUAUCUUAAUUGCACGCACUUUACUUGUGCCACUUUUGAGCAAUCACGAACAGUCACAACUGAAGUUGUCCCACUUUGAAUAGCACAGAACAGUAUGUGCAUUCAUUGCAGCCUAAGGGGAAAGCCAGCAAUGAAAGAAAGGAACUCUAGUUAAGUAAACCCAUUGCCCACUGAAAGGUAAUUGUUACCUUGAGAAUGUGAAAAAUCAGCUUAGGAUCAAUAAUGGAGAUGAUACAUACUUGCAAAAAGAAGAAAAAUUGAUAUGAAAUUAAUUAAAAAAUAUAUAAUACAUUAAAAUCAGCUGUUGCUAAUAGGAAAAUGAUCUGGUCAAAAUCAGUUUUACUGAGACAUGGUUAUGUCCAGUCAGGUUUGUCAGUAAAAUACACCUCAAAUUAAAACAAAACUGUUGUCUUAUGUUGAGAAGUAAUUAGGGAUAGGACUUCACCAUGAACAUAUAAUCACAAGUUGUAGAUGGGAAUCAAGAUUACAAAGAUAUCUGACACCAUAGAAGAAUAUGGCAGAUAUAAAGGCUCUUAGUUACAUUUAUAUUCAACAUCAAAAUUGUACAUCAAGUCAGGUAAUGCCAAAUACAAGAUUGUAAUCAGAAAUCUGCACAUUGAUGAACACAUAGUGACCACAAGUGCAUGGUUAUAAGAUUUUCUUUGUGUACUUCAUUCGCAUAGCAGUACAUAUACAAGGUAAAUGCAUGUUUAUUUUCAGUCAGAUAUAGUCUCAAGGACAUCCCAACACUCAUACCUACUGAAAUGCAUACAAUAAAAUUGCAUUACUUUAGAUAGCCUGUUAAAGCAAGGAUUCACUGUAUAGUGGGUGGAAGGAAGCAGAACUCAUUAUAGGAUAUGGUUUUUAAAUUGUUCAUAAGCAUAAACAUUAAUUUGUUGUAAAAGGAAAUGUGACAAAAGUUUGUGAGAAUGUCUUCUAUAUUGCAUAUAUAAAAAAAUUUACUUUCAUUUAUUCAUUAUAUAUAUAUAUAUAUAUAUAUAUAUAUAUAUAUAUAUAUAUAUAUAUAUAUAUAUAUAUAUAUAUAUAUAUAUAUAUAUAUAUAUAUAUAUAUAUAUAUAUAUAAUUUUUUAUUUUUUUCUUUGCCCAUCUUUUUAUAUUUGAAUGUGCUUUUCUACUUUAAACUUAUUCAUUGUUGAUACCAUACAUGGUUUAGUAAGGCAUGAUAUAUAUAUUAGCACUGCACACACUUAAUAAAUAAAUAAUGUCACAUUGUUGCUGUGACAUUGAUCUUAGUCAGCUAAUCAUAUGAUUAUAUUAUCAUUCAUAAGUGGUUAGUAGCUGAGAUCAAAUUAUAGACUCUUUUAAUCAGGAAACAAAAGAUUACUGACAUCCAGUAUUUCAUAAGUGCAUUAAGUUCCUGAGAUGCUAAGGUAUUCAAAAAUACAGGCAGGUGAAGAAAACCUGUUGCUUAACUGUUUGCAGCUGGAGAAAAAGCACUUGUGUUGCAGGCCCAGCACUUGUCCCCGACUCUUCCUCCCCACUGCUGCCAUUGGACUCACUGAACUAGAGUCUAAUCUUAAUACUACUUCACUGCCAUCCCCAUCACACUUAGCACAGACACCUGAUGAGGAAGUUAAGCAGGUGUCAAGUGUUAGCCUGUGUUGGCAUAGCUAUAGUUUAAACUUUAUGUACAAUGUAGAUGUGUUGAGAUAAGAAUUUUUUUUAUUUUAAUUAUUUUUUUAAGUUUCUGAAGUGCAAAGAAUGAAUGAUGAUCUGUAUAUUCAUAUAGUGUCCAAAAACAGUUUUAGCAGAACUAUAAAGUUAGUUAAUAUGAAUAUCUGAGAUGCACUCUGAUGGGGAUAACUUGGUAGUAGUGGAAUGGCUCUUUAUAAUGAGUUUAUAAGAUAGAGUGUUCAGUUGCCUGUAUCAUUUACUGCACUAAACUGUGGAGUGGCAUGUGGGCUCAAGUAUUGCCUUUGGACCUCUUUUUUUUUUUUUUGUGGGGGAGGUGAGUGGGCAGGAUGAGGGAAAUCUUGGGACUGAAGUUGUACAAAGAUUUUAGGGAUUUAGCACUGCACCAUCAAAGUAGAACAUAGUUUUUGUGAAUGAAAAAAUAAAUAAAAUGAAGUAAUGGUACAAAACCACUCAGGCAAACACAGGCCAAGACCCACUAGCUAAAAAUAAAAAUGAUAAUAAUAAUGAUAAUGAAUAAAAAAAAAAAUAUAUGCCAGAUUAGAGGUCCACAAGCAGUGCAUUAGCUUAGUAGUUUUUACAAAAGUCAGAUUUUAUCAGUGUGGUAUGAGAAAGUUGUUUUAGUAGCAUUAAGUUAUAUUGACAUUUUAAUUAUAGUCUCAAAAUCAAAAUAUUUGCAGAAUGGGUGGUAAAUUGGAAAGUCAUUCUGCCUUGAACAACUUUGUCAGCAGUGUAUUUUCUGCUGUGAGUGCAUUAUUGUAAGUACUGCUAUAUAAAGCUGCCAUGCCCAACUGCAACUCUGUUUGGUGUGGGCACAGUAGAUGGUCUUUGUUGUACAAUUUAUUUAUUUAUUUAUUUUUAUUUUUUCAUCAGGUAUUUGUGUACAGAUAACUGAUUACUCUGACAAAUAUAAGAUAUAAAGUUAUACUUAAAUGUGAGUAGGUAACUAAUUGGUUAGCAUGAAAACAUUUUUGUUAUGUUUAUGGAUACUAUAAUCAGCCUUGACUUAGUAAAAUAGCUACAUUUCUCACCAUGCUGGGAUUUGCAGCCAGGAUAAACACACACAUACACAUUGUAUCUACUUUUAUGUACUGGAAUCUAAGAAAGUUAUGCUAGAGAUGUCAACUAAUGUAGACUAUGACCAGGCAAAUUUAUUACAUAAGGCUAAGAUGGUAACUGUCUCAGACUGCCCACCUUAGCCUGCAUCUAAUCAUUCUGAAUUCAUUUACAUAUGGUUGGGACAAGAUAAUCUGUGUGAUGUACCUUUGCUUGGAGAGAGAGAGAGAGAGAGAGAGAGAGAGAGAGAGAGAGAGAGAGAGAGAGAGAGAGAGAGAGAGAGAGAGAGAGAGAGACACACACACACACACACACACACACACACACACACACACACACACACACACACACACACACACACACACACACACACACACACACACACACACAC